CAAUAGUUAACUUGUCUCUGAGACUCAGACCCAUAUGGCCAUAUCCUAGCGAGUAGCGGGAAGCGGGCCCUACAACCGAGUAGUCUCAUAGCGGAUUAGCGGGCUUUCUCGCGUUCAAUUCUUCACUCAUUCCUCGUUUCCUUCUCCUUCAAUUUUUCUCAACUAAGUAAAAGUAAUGGAAGAAACAGCGACGAAGACUGAGCCAUCUUCAAGCGAAGCUCCAAUUUCAAAACCAUGGCAAUCUUAUCACACUGUUUACACCAACGCCAAAGCUGGUAUGGAUGGAGUUGACAAGGAAAAAGUACAGAAAGUAGUUUAUGAAAUGAGCAAAGGGUCAAAGUAUUUUGAAAACGAGGAACGCAAAAAGGCCCUCAUGUGUCAGAAGAUUGAGAACAUGCGUGAAAGGCGUAAAAAACUUUCGACUGCUGAUAUAUCUUACUAUCAGAAGGUUGCUGAAAGAAGAAUAACAGAACUAGAAGCCCAACGUGACUUGUCAAGGAUUUGGCUUCACGUAGAUAUGGAUGCCUUUUAUGCUGCUGUUGAGACAUUGAGCAAUCCUUCACUGAAGGGCAAACCGAUGGCUGUUGGCAGCUUGUCUAUGCUAUCUACUGCAAAUUAUGAGGCACGUAAAUAUGGUGUUCGUGCUGCAAUGCCCGGAUUUAUUGCACGUAAAUUGUGCCCAGAGCUUAUUUUUGUUCCAGUAGAUUUUGAGAAGUACACUUACUACAGUACUUUAACUAGAAAAGUCUUUCAGCGAUAUGACCCUAAUUUCAUUUCCGCCAGUUUAGAUGAAGCAUACCUUGAUAUAACUGAGGUUUGCAGAGAAAGAGACUUGAAAAGUGAUGAUGUUGCUGAGGAGAUUCGAAGAAGGGUUUUUGAAGAGACCGGUUUAACAUGUAGUGCUGGUGUGGGUCCUAAUCGGUUACUGGCUAAGGUAUGCUCAGAUAUAAACAAGCCAAAUGGACAAUUUAUUUUGCCAAAUGAUAGAAUGGCUGUCAUUACAUUCAUAUCCUCCCUCCCAAUACAGAAGAUUGGAGGCAUUGGCAAGGUUACUGAGCAUAUCCUAAGGAACGCUUUUGAAAUAAAUACAUGCAAGGAUUUGCUUGAGAAAGGAAGUUUGCUUUGUGCAUUGUUUUCUCCUUCAUCUGCAGAUUUUUUUCUCUCUGUUGGAUUGGGGCUAGGGAGCACAGAUGCUCCACAGGCCAGGCUACGGAAGAGCAUGAGUAACGAGAGAACAUUUUCGGCGACCAAUGAUGAAACUUUCUUGUAUAAGAAACUAGCGGAACUUGCUGAGACGCUUGCAACUGACUUGGAAAAGGAAGGACUUUGUGGUCGUAAUCUGACACUUAAACUGAAAACUGCGCAUUUUGAGGUUCGAACUAGAGCAGUAACAUUGCAGAAGUAUAUAUGUUCAAGUGAGGAUAUACUGAUGCAUGGCAAGAAAUUGCUGAAAGCAGAACUUCCUGCAUCACUAAGACUAAUAGCAAGUUUUCAGAGCAUUAUGGUCAUCAUGCAAUUUCUCGGCCUUCGUAUAUCUCAGUUUAGUGAAGAUAAAGCUGGUCCAUCUGAUCCCAAGCAGAAAUCUAUUACCAAUUUUGUCAUUGUAGGAGAUACUUCCGGAGCUAUUAUGCGUAACAGUGACUAUUCGAGGUUGAUGGAAAAGGAAAAUUCUUUUUCGAAUGAUUUUCGAGAGGAUUUUUCCGCUAGUGACCUCAGUAUUACUUAUGAUCCCAGUUCUAUAUGUGCCCAUAAUGAUGCAUUCAACAGUGAUCAAUUCUCAGAUUUUUGCUGUAUAGAUGUAAACAUUAACAAUAUAGACCGGAAAAAUGUGCCUCUGAACAGUAUUCAAGCAGAACAGAGUGCUAGGCCUGGUGGUCAUAUUUCAGAGGCACAUGAACCUGUUUCUUUGCAAUUGGAGUCAAGAGUUGGUCGCAGUAAUACAAAUCUCGAUGAAUUGACUGGAUGCACCAAUAAUAGAAAUGAUGAUGCUGUCCCUUCAGUAAGUCUGCAAGCACAAUUCCAAUGGGUGGACGAGUACAAAUGUUCUAUUUGCGGAAUAGAAUUGCCUCUCGAAUUUGUUGACGAGAGACAAGAACACUUUGAUUUUCAUCUAGCUGAAAGAUUGCAGGAAGAGUGCUCUAGUAGUAGCUCAAUGAGUCACUUCUCUGAAAAAAGGUAUAUUCAGAAAGACCAGAUUGUGAGCCAAAGUAGAAAUAAAAAGCGCAAGUCAUUGCCAGAAAAAGGCAAAUAUGUUUCUAUAGAUCAGUUCUUUACAAAGAGGAAUCAGAAUACCUAGUAUUCUGUGUGUAAAUGUAAUCAAUUUAUAGCUUUAUAUAUAUCAUAAUGCAAAUUAUCCUUCGGCUGUUUCAAGCUUACCACAACCGAUAUAUAAGCCAAUACAACCACAAAACCAUCCACAUUGUUGGCAAAAGCCAUUUUGUGGUUGAGACUAAUGGCGCAACAAAAACUGCAUUUUUGCACUUAGAUAUACAAGUCCUAGGAUACAGUCAUUCGAUGGAAGAAAUUGUUUGUUCAAUGUUAUUCUAUGUCAUUUGUUCCUGUGUAUAUAAUUAUCAGUGAAUGUGUGCAAUUUGUUAUUUGAAUAAACAGACUAAUGUAAGAAGCUUGUUAGCCUUUUUUACAAGAUGAAGUUUACAUCUCCAUUAUACUUUUCCGGUUCAAUUUUUUCAUGUUUUGCAAUUUCAUAGUGUAUACUGUAUAACAGCUAAUUUGUGUGAAAAUACAAUCUUAUCAUGUUGAGAUUUUUCUUUUGCUUAAUUAUGUGCAAUAAUAUGAAUGAUAAUACACAUCGCUGUUCAAGCUAUUAACAGGUCAAGUGUCGGCUGCAUCCUACAGCAUUUGAGUAGGUAUUUAUUUAACGUCGAUCUGCUUUCAGUUUAAUAUCUGAUUAUCAGUAGCAUCUGUUGCACUGUAGGUAUUAUUUGGUAAUAAUCUGCCCUCUUAUUUUUUAAUAUAUCCGACGGAAAGUCAGUUUAUUGUAUAAGCUGUCUCAGUUCUUAACAGGAUUUUUACGUACAACCACAAUAACAGCUGCACUAGCAGCACAGAAUCAGGUAAUUUAUCCUCAACCUAUUCUUUGCCCUGGAUUUCUUUCUUUUUACUUUAUUUAUGCUGAGCCUUGAAAAUUGAUAUGAUAUUUCAGAUUAAUGUCAUAAAGAUACGCUUUCUAGAAAUAUCUGACGAUCAUAAUCAAAAGGGAUGGAAGAUUGGAAAAUGUAUGUAAUUUUUUUUACCAUAAUAAAUCUGACAUUUAGGUAGGAUUCAUAUGACCGAUUAAGAUGUGAAAUGUCACUAAUUUUUAUUCUUUAUAAAUAAUCCCUUUUGUUCCAUAAAUUUUGCCUUAAUUUUCUUUUUAGUUUGCCUCAUUAAAUUUACACUAUUUUUCUUUUUGGCCAUAAUCCAUGCAUUUUUUUCAAUUUCAUUUAAAAUACCAUUUUAUCCAUUUUUCUUAUUUUUCCACUAUUUAUUAUUAGGGAAAAAUCGGUGGAAUAGUGCAAAUACUACUUUUGUUGAGCUUUCUCAAAUCGCACUUAAUAGAUCAUCCAUCCCUGAGUUUGCUAUAAUUUUUUAUUUUUUCGUUCCAUUUAAUUUACUCUAUUUUUCUUUUAUUUAAUAGGAAUUUAAUUCUGACAAAAUAUUUUAUUCUCUUCUAUUAACCGUGGAAAUUCUCCACCUACCCUCAAAUCAAGAGUAGGAAUGAGUCCGUAAACUGCAAAUGCAAUCAGAAAAUAAAAUCAAGGAAAAAAGAGGACCAUCAUCUGCCACGUGGCCUUACAUCUCCCAAGAUUUACUUAUCCAUUACAGAAUUCCACUUUCUCCUAUAUGCUAAACUAUAUAGCAAAUGAUUUCAUCAAUUCUGUAUCAAAUUAAUGUGGAAUUUAUCAUUUUACCCAACAAUCUACAAUCCCAAAUCAAAAUUACACUUUCCCAAAAACUAUGAGUAUGAGCAUAGUAAGAGCAUCAACAAGAACACCAUCCUCAAUAAGUGGUAUUAAUAUCCCAACAAUGGAAGAUAUAUUAAAAACCUCUAAAACUAGAAAUCUUGAUUUAAAACUGCAAAAGUUGGGACCCUUUUUUAGAAUAACAGCAAAGAGCUUAGAGACAAACAAGGAGCUUGGAAAAGCUGAAGGAGUCAUUAGGGUUUGGAUUGAUGGGAAAAUACUUCAUUUGGAUUCUAUAAGAUUGAGCAGAGAGAUUCUGAAUAUGCAUAGAUCAAUUUUUGGUGUGGGAUUGUUCCUUGGUGCAGUUGCUGUUAGGCAUGGUUUUGAUUCAGGUUGUACAACUGCUCAGUUGCUUGCUAUCAAUGACACUGAUCUCUAUCAUUCUAAGCUAGUAAGGUUCUAUACUAGAAUGGGAUUCAAGGUUGUACAAGAGGUGGAUGGUUCAUCAGUUGCAGACCUAUCUCAUAUGCUAGUUUGGGGAGGGAAAGGAACACGAAUGAACGCUAAUGUAGAGGAUCUUCUUCUGAAAUGGUGCACCGUGUUCAAACCCAGAAAUCCGAAGGAGAAAGACAAAUAAGAGAAACAAGAAGCCAAUAUAGAAGUAUGAUUUCGAUGACUGCUGCGCCAGUUUUUCGAAACAACCCAAUAACAAUACAAUUUAUGUGAAUCUGUUACAUACACAAAAUGUAGGAGAUACAUACAUGUCAAUGAACAGAUUGACUGACCGGAGGAUGGCUACUCAUGGCGUUAGCGCAAGUGAUAAGCCAAAUUUGGGGUUUGUAUCAAUAGAAUUGUAAUCAAAUUCAGCUGCCAUUGUUAAUAUGGACUUAGGUUUGAAUUCAUGCUGAAGAAGUGCUCCGAAAUUCCCCUGGUUAUCGAGCUUCAACUUGAUUAAUGUCAGAUCAUCAACAGCGUGUGAUCCUCCGACUGUCAAAGUAUUCCCAUUUUCGGAAAAUCGGUUUUUAAACUCCACAACUGUUGUGGUUCUUGCUUGAUCAAGGUAAUAUAAAUAUGAUGCUUUAACUAGGUCACCCUUUUCGCUCCUGGAACAUGUAGCAGGAUACAAACUUCGUAUGGUUAGGACAAUGCUAUACGGAUCAUCCUCUACAACGAAGGAAAGAGAAGAAGCGAGCACAGUAAUUAACAGCGGAUUGCACAAAGAACAAUGGUCUUACAAAACAAACAUUAGAAUGUAUAAGAUUAAGCCUGUAAAAAUUCUCAAGCAGGAAGCACCAAGAAUUACAAAUUUCAACGUAUUUCCUGUAUUGUAAAGGUGUAAUGAAAAUCGCGAUUUAAUA